AGGUUGGUUGUGUGCAUGUGUAAAAGCAGUUAAUUACUUAUGCAUGCUAGUCAGUAUAGCAUACCCACAUUUAGAAUUUAUGUGUAUUCACCGUUUCCACGUGUAUUGAAACUUUUAUUGUGUGCCUGAGAGGACUUUUGAUUGAGAAAAUAAUUUAGGAAAUAUUUAAAAAAAGUUUUCUGUGAAAGAUUUGGUACGAAAAAGUCACAAGAGGUUGAAAAAAAAGCGAAAAAUGGAGAUAGUUUGAAAAUAUCACUACUAAUUAUGAAAUCUUAUUCAUCUUAAUAAAAUGUUCAGUUGAAAGAAGGACUAUAAUGAAGAAACGACAAAAUCCAUGAGAGGUGUAUACCCUAUUUCCAUUUAUCCUGUUGGGAAACUCUAAUCUAGGAGAUGUAAUCAAUGGAGAACACCGGGAAUAAUAUUACAGUCAAUGAAACAUCUACAAGUACCAGUAAUACUGCCUUCAUCAAUACUGAUAAUGUUGUUAAAACUGUUCCAAGUAGAAUUGGCGUGUCAAAUGUUGAUGGAGUGCUUGACAACAAUAACAUAUCAAAUAAUGAUGACAUCAGUUUACGAAAAAAACCAAGAAAAAAGUUACAUUCACGUUUAAAUAAAUCCAAAGCUUUCUGUAAAACUUUGAGUAGAUAUAUAGGUAGAAAUAUACAUUCACUGUCACACGCUCAGCAUAGUCAUUUAACAUCGAAUAAUAAUCUCAGCAGUAUUGAUCAUAUUUCACUGCGAAGUUAUGAUUCACUAACAGAUUUACUUAAAGCAAGUGUCAAUGUACCAGCAUUUCUAAGAGCUCGUAAUCAUCACAGUCGUAUUAUACUUAAUGUGGGCGGUGAAAGACAUGAAGUGAUGUGGAAAACUCUGAAACGUCUACCAUUAUCUCGUCUUGGUCGAUUGAGUUUAUCUAAUAAUCCUGAGGAAUUAGCUCAGUUAUUUGAUGAUUAUUCAACUGAAAAAAAUGAGUUAUACUUUGAUCAAUAUGCACGUUCAUUCGGUUCAAUACUUGGUGUUUAUCGUACAGGCCAUUUACAUUUUUUAGAAGAUAUCUGUGUAUUAGCCUUUAAAAAUGAUUUAUUCUACUGGGGUAUAAAUGAAUACCAACUGGAAACAUGUUGUUUCUAUAAAUAUUAUCAGAAAAAAGAACAAGUUGAAGAAGAGUUGAAGAAGACAAGGGAGAUAAGUUUAUCACAAGCACAAGAAGAACAAUUCGGUACAGGAAAAUGGGCUACACUGCAAAAAAAUAUAUGGGAUUUGGUAGAGAAACCACAAACUUCAAUGGCGGCCAGACAUUUUGCAGGUGUGCAGGAUUUUCAUCUCUUCCUGAAAUAGCGUUCAGUCACGUGGGGGCAUAGCACUCACUCGAAUAUAUGUUGUUUAUCGAUUGGCCAAAACUAUCAUCAGGAAAUGAAACGAAGUUUGGGUUGUCGCUCAACUUCGAUGGUGACCUUAGUGAAGGGUUUAUAAUCUAGCAUUUAUCAGAAUCUGUUCU